AUGGAUUCGUCAGAAGCGCAAGUUGAGGAGGAUCUAAUCUUUCCAAGUACAUCUUCCAGCAGGAAUGAAGAGCCAGUGUUGUCAGUUGAUGUUUCAAGAGAUGUUCUAGUUAAUGAAAUGGCAGAUUCAGUCAUACCACCAGAAUUGUACAGAGCAACAGAAGAAACAGCAGAGAAUGAAGAUACAGCUAAACUAACAUUGGCUUAUGAGAAUCUUUAUGAAUUGCCAAGGACCAUUGUGGAAAGAUUUUCUGACCACAUUAAAUAUUUAGAUAUCAGUCAUAACAAAAUUACAUGCCUGGAUGCUCUAGUGCAUUUCAAACAUCUGACAUCCCUCAUAGCUGAUCACAAUCCCAUCACAGAAAAUUGUUUUUUACCCCCAUUGCCUAAAUUAGAGUUAUUAUGGUUGAACCACUGUAAAAUCGCAUCUCUCUUCCCUUGGGUAGGCAAGUUGAAAGAGACCUGUCCGAAUCUUCAGUACUUGUGCUUGAUGGGGAACCCCGCUGCGCCUAGUUAUUUCAACGGAGGCACGUUUUAUGAAUAUUUGCAGUAUAGGCUCUUCGUCAUCUCUCAGUUCCCGUCUCUAAAUCAUUUGGACGACAGAAAAGUUACAGACGACCAAAGGGCGGAAGCUCAAAGGCUAUACAAAAGACCGUUCUUCGAAAGGAUAGUUAAGCCAGGAUCAGGGGGUUUCAGCCAAUUGGUCCAUUCUUCAGUCACUUGGAGCGGAGUCCAGAACAAAUUGACCACGUUGCUGGGUAAAGAAAGGCAGGGCAAUAGGAAUCUUUUGAUAUGA